AUAACAAGUCGAUAUGAAAACCCCAAGUUGACAAGAUAAGAAGAGCGGCGCGAAUAAGAGCAAAAUCAUGUAUAAUUCUAUUGAAAUACCAGACUCCGACGAGGAUAUGUCGGAGCUAACAAUAGAUUUACCAAAAUCAGAGUCCAGCGCUGCUGAAAUAAAUGAGCACACACCCAGAAAACAAAGAAAGAUUUCGGUUUCAAGUGCAGCUGAGACCAAUACAGCCACAACACCGGGAUCUACAUCAUCCGAAACAACUAACAGCUCUCCUCUAAACAGUAACAAAGACAGCAAUACAACGCACCAAGUUCGCCAUAGAUCUCGAAAAGCACAACUUACAGUACGUAAUGGACUUGAAAAUGAAAUACAAUUCGAAACAAUACCGGUCGAUGAUGAAACUCCAGCAGCCCAAGAGCAACGGGUGAAGGAGAACGAAAGAGUGAGUACUCUCAUCGCGAAUAUGCUAAACACAGACGAGAUGGAAACGGUUGUGCAGCGAAUCGCCAACGAACGCGUGCGUUGCAAUUUCCUGUUGACUAGCUAUAACUUGCCUGACAUGCAUUUUUCACUAAGCACACCUCUCGAAAUGCUAAAGUUUCAGUUCCAGGAGCGACUCAAGCUUCGCAGGGAGCGCUUGAAUACAACAAAUGCAACAAAACCAAUCGUAACAAACAAAAACAAGUCUGAACAGCUAUAGCAAACAUUAAUUAAG